AUGGCGCUGGCCGCCGGCAUGUGCGACCUUUUCUCGACGCUGCGGCGCGCCCCUGCUGUGGGCGCGGCUUUCCACCGCCGCUUCUGCGGAAUGACGUCUCCCUCCACGGCUUCUGCAGUGGGCGUGGGGGUCGUGAUGGACGCAGCGAAGGUCUACGCGGUGGCUGCCGGGCGGCGCCCGGGUAUCUACGACACCUGGGCGGAGUGCCAUCAGCAGGUGGCGGGCUUCCCAGGCGCCCGAUAUAAAGGCUUCAACGAUGAGAACGGCGCGAAGCGAUUUCUUGCGCAAGAGCCGGCGCAGAAGGUUCGCAAGGACACGGUGGAUCCCGAGUGGGAGGCCGAGGUGUUGGCAGAGCUAGGGGAGGAGCAGCGGGCUGUGGCUGAAGCCGUGCUUGCUGGUGGCAAUGUUUUCAUCACAGGCCAAGCUGGCUGCGGCAAGAGUUUUUUGGUAUCGCGCCUCAUCAAGCUGCUGCAGAAGCGCAAGGGCAAGGGCAGUGUGGCGGUGUGUGCCUCCACCGGCGUUGCCAGCGUGCAUGUGGGGGGCACCACCUUGCACUCGCUGCUCGGCUGCGGGUUGGCGAAGUCUGAGGAGGACUGGCAGAAAGCCACGAAGAGCAAGAAGGCGGGGGCGCGGCUCCGGAGGGCAAAGGUGCUGUUGCUGGACGAGGUGAGUAUGCUCUCCGCGGAGUUCCUGGACCGAGCCGCUCAGCUGGUGGCGGAGCAAAAGCGCUCCCAGUCGCCCUUUGGAGGGCUGCAGCUGGUCUUCUGCGGGGAUUUCAUGCAGCUGCCCCCGGUGCAGGGGGCCUUUGCCUUUGAGGCGCAGGCUUGGCAGGAGCUUGGCUUCCAGUGCUUCAGCCUGCAAAACAACUUCCGGCAGGCCGGCGACGCCGCUCUGCAGGAUCUUCUGCGGCAGCUGCGGCAGGGCCAGCUGCCCAUCGAGCGGCUGAAAGCUCUCGAGGGCAACGGCGCCGAUGGAAGCUACCCCAUGCUUGUGAGCACCAACGCAGAGGCGGAGGCAGUGAACCGCGCCAAGCUGGACAGUCUCCCUGGCGCCGCGGUGGUUUUCCGGGCCAAGGAUGAAGCAGAGAAUCCCAAGAACUUCACGGGGCGUGGGGCAUUGGAGAAGCUCAUGGUCCAAGAGGAGCUGCACUUGAAGGUGGGCAGUGUGGUGAUGCUGCUGGUGAACCUCCGGCUGCCAGACAAGUGCUUCCACACUCCCCGCCCAAGUCCGCCAAGGCGGUUCCAGAUGCCGGGGCUGCCACAACCCCUGGUUGACCUGGCGGCCCACAACAUGAUGAACACGCCAGAGCAUUUCAAGAGCGUGCCGUUGGUGAACGGCACCGUCGGGGUGGUGAUAGACUUUGAGGACGGCUUUCCGGUGGUUGAGUUCGCACGGCGCUACCGCCGCUUAAUCGAGCCCGUGAAGAUGGAGGGCGAGCUGGGCUUCCUAGGAAAGUACGCGCGCACGCAGGUGCCACUGAAGCUGGCUUGGGCGCUGACCAUCCACAAGACGCAGGGGCUCACGCUGAGCUCGGGCCAGCUGAACCUCUCCAAGGUCUUCGAGCCCGCGCAGCUCUACGUGGCGCUGUCCCGGUUCCAGACCCUGGACUCUGUUCGGAUUUCGGGGCUCCCGCCGCGGAUGCCGUCCAGCCAGCGGCAGCGGCGGGCCACGGAGUUCCACAAACAGUUCGAGGAAGAGCUCUCGGCCUGA